GAAGAGUUCCUUAAAGCUUCAGUCGUUUCUUUUGCUGGCUUCACCUCCUUAAGCUCAAUGGCGGUGAAAAUGACUUCAGUGGCUAAAAACAUGAUCGGGGAAAUCUAUUGUCGGGACAACGACGGCGACCCGAGCGAGCGCCUGAGAUUUGUCGUGCUUGGAUACAUAAACGGCCAAAUCGAUGUGACGGUGGUCUUCAGACAGACGGAGCUGGACGGGAAAGACGUCUUCACGUUUUUCCAGAGUCUCCUGGACCCUAAACGAGCGCGCUUCAUUCUGUACGACUGUCACUUCCAGACCGCUGACUCCAGCAGGAGGCAGGAGCUGCUUCUGGUGACAUGGAUCCCCAAAUCGGCUCCGUCCGAAGAGCUGUCGGCGUGCAUGAUACUGAGGAAGCCGUUUCAGCAGCUGCUGCCAGGUAUCAGACUAGAAUUCCAGCUGAAGGAACCCGUCUCCAGGAAGUACAUUGGACAACAGCUGGGAAGAGAUGUGAUCCGAAUCGAAGACAAAGACGUUUCUGCCUAAAAUGAAACACGGACUGUCUUUUAAACUGUCUCCAAACAAAAAAAUAUUAAUCCUGCAGAUUUUUUUUUUUUUUUUAAAUCUUGGCUUCGUUGGCAUCAUCGGAUAUUAUCUGUAACCAUGGAGUCUUGAAGAAAGUCCUUCUAAAACCAGAGUCUGGUUUGGGGUAAUCUAGAAUGAAAUCUGCUUCAGGUUCUGUUUCCCUCAUUUUCAAAAAUUUCAGUUUUUUUCACUUUUGUUUUUGUUUAUAAUUAGUUUGGUUUUCUAUGUUUUCCUCAUUCUCCUGUGUUAAGCUCAACUUCUCUGGUUUCUAAAUUGUAUUAAAUAAUUUAUUAAAUAAAUAAAGUUUCUGUUCACCGACACUUUAAUAUUCUGCUUUUGAUUCAGAAACAAAAUAUUUCCAGGAAAGCAGAAAGAUCUG